GGCAAGGGGUGGAACUGUCGUAAUGGCGGAGGCUGCUAUCCCGUUGCUUCUAUGCUACCGGGCCUGUGGUCUACGAGUUAGGGCUGUGUUGUUCUGUACAGAGAGCGAGAUGCUGUUUUUCUUCUCCCUACAAUACUCUGUUCAUGGGAUUCCUGGCGACUGUUAGGCACAGUGAUUUUACGCUUGCCUCGGUAGAGAGUGAGGAAGGGAAAGGCGAGAGACCCCCUAUGUUGAACAUUUUUAAAGACAAAUUUUUUUAAAUCAAUUUAUUUAUGAUUGUGCAUGUGCAUUUUCCUUGCGAGUUUGUCUGUGCACUAUGUCAGUGCAGAGCCCGCAGAAGUCAGAAACGAGUGUCAUUUGGAACGUGAGCUAUCACGUCGGCGUGGCAAGAGGUUCUGAUGGGAACCUCCUUCAGCUAAUGACCUUUAAGAGACUGGACCAGGUAGGGGUGUGACUUUUUGGGAACCCAGAGAAAACCACCAGUCUGCCCAGCUCUCCUACUCUCUUGUUCCUGCGACUCCUGUUCCUGUUCCUCUCUAACACGGGCAAAAACCAAAUUGGGACUGUCCACCAUGGCUUGCAUCUCUCGGCCAUGAGAUGGAGAUCUUCACAGAAAGCCACAAUCAAUCAAACUGCAGAGAACAAGCGACCAUGUGGCGUCCAGUCGCAACUGAAACGUCUACAACACAACUCCUGUGCCUAAGAUUGGGGGGGGCAUAGUGGAAGAGAGGGGGUGGAAAGACUGUAAGAGUCCACGGAACAGGAACUUUGAUGUGAAACUGCAUCUCCUAGGAAUGUAAUAAUAGACGCUUCACCUAUGAAGUCCCAUCAACGUGCUGACUGAACAAGGUAGUGUGCCACUAUGGAAGGCGGAAAUCUCCUGGGGUCUCAACCAUAGACAAGGAAAUACUGAGGGUGAAACGGAAAUACUGAGGGUGAAAUAGUCUGUCCCAGCGAAGAGCUCACAGAUUAGUUAUCCAACACCAAGUGGUCAGCACCAAAAUAAAGUCAUACAAAUACUGUCAUAUGGACUGAGCAGGUUGUAGUGAUAUAUUUAGGAGGGUUGUGUUAAAACAACAAAGAAAGACCAUGAAUUUGAGAGAUAGAGAAAGAGAGAGAGAGAGAGAGAGAGAGAGAGAGAGAGAGCGAGCGCGCAUGGGACAGGUAACAUGGGAAAAGUUAGAGGGUGGAAGGGAAGGGGAUAAUGAUGUAAUUAUAUUUUAAUUUCAAAAUAAAAUUUUUUUGGUCUGUAAAGAACAACGUUUUAUCAUUUGCAGGAAAAUGGAUACAACUGAAGAUAAUAGUAUUAAGCAAGUUAAGACAGUCUCAGGCAAAUAUUGUAUGUUUUCUCUCAUUCUGGUUCCUAGGUUCUAUAUAAAUACAUAAAAUUAGUUAUGUAUAUAUGACAUGAGAGCAGAAAUAAAGAUUUUUAGGGCAAGAAAGGGAACUAUCAAGAGGGUAGAGGGGCAGGAAUAGGGAGAUUGAGGGUAUAGGGUGGAUACAUUAAGCAUAUAAUAUAUACUUGUAUAAAAACUUUAAAAUUAAGGAUCCUAAGAGAGACAUAUAUGGAUCUAAUCUACAUGGGAAGUAGAAAAAGACAAGAUGUCCUGAGUACAUUGGGAGCAUGGGACCAUGGGAGAGGGCAGAAGAGGAGGAGAGAGAAAGGGAAGGGAGCAGAGAAAAACCAAGUAGCUCAAUAAAAACAACUAAAAUAAAUAAAUACAUUUUAAAAAAUAGGAAAAGUGCUAAAAGUAAGUAAAACACAAUAGAAAAUUUAGACAACAAUGAACUAAGCUAACAUGCUCACAAUGAGUGUGUACAGGAUAGCCUAAUUUAAAGUGAGUACAGCUGGACAUGGUGACACACACCUUUAAUGCCAGCAUCAUGGAAUGGAGGCAAAGGCAAAAGGAUCUCUGUGAGUCUGAGGCCAGCCUCGUCUAUAGAGAGAGUUUUAGGCCAUCCAAGGCUGCAUGGUGAGACCCUGUUUCAAAAGAUUAGAUUGAGUGCAAAGAUUUGCAACCAGAUUUAACCAGGAAAGAGGUGCUGUGUCUCGUGUGGAAGCAUGCCCCCUCCUUUCAGAAGAUGUGAACUCAACUCGGGCCGCUCAUUUGAAAACUGCCAAGUUUCCCCACUCUAAAAGGACCUGAUUCACUCUCUGAGGUCAGACCUUAGCUCGCUAAUCUGCCAUGACAGAGACUCUUCUUGAGUCCUUAUCAGCCUUCCUCAGUGGGUCAGUGUUGUGAAGGCUGAGGAGUCUGGCAGAGUUCCUGUUCCUCCCAGGCCGAUAUCACAGGGCGGCAGGGCCCUCAACAGCAGGCAAACAUUCCUCCCAGAGCCAGAUGAGGAGCUGAAGCAGCCAGAGGAAACAAGAGUACCAGGAAUACCUUUCUGUUAUUGCUGGGAGUGUAAAAAAAAUGCCCUAUGCUGAGAUCACCAUAAAUUUGGGCAAAGUGACUUUGGGAGAAGAGAACAGGAAGAAAAUGACCAAUAAUUGUUUGAAAAGACACGAGAACUCAAGUGUCGUCCAGGCUGUCUGUGCACUGCUGAAUUCUGGAGGAGGCGUGAUCAAAGCAGAUAUCAAUGACGAAAACUAUAGUUACCGGUGCCACGGGCUGGGACAGGAUCUGGAAACUUCCUUUCAAAAGCUCCUUCCGUCAGGUUCACAGAAACACCUUGACUAUAUGCAACAGAACCACCACUUCCUGAUUUUUGUAAAGUCGUGGAGGCCAGAUGCCUCCAGCCUGCUGCUGAAGAUUUGUAGCUUACGCUCCAAUUUAUACCAGAGAGAUGUGACCUCUGCCAUCAACCUGAGCGCCAGCAGUGCCCUAGAGCUUCUCAAAGAGAAAGAGUCUAGGGCCCAAAGAGGUGUCCCCAGGCUGCAGUCUCAGAAAUGCACCUUUAACAGAUCCAUCCAGGAAGAAGAAGAUAUUAAGGUGUGCGCCUCAGAAUUUUUUAAAAAAGAUAAACUCAAUUAUAAGGAGAGGCUUAACUUCACAGAGUCAACACACGUGGAGUUUAAAAGGUUCACCACCAAAAAGAUUGUCCCUCGGAUUAAAGAGACGCUGGCUCAUUACGUCUCUGCGUUUGCCAACACUCAAGGGGGAUAUGUAAUUAUCGGGGUUGAUGAUAAGAGCAAAGAAGUGUUUGGAUGUAAGAAAGAAAAAAUGAACCCGGAAUUACUAAAAAUAGAAAUUAAAAACUGCAUAGAAAAGUUGCCCACAUACCACUUCUGUCGUGAAAAGCCCAAGGUGAAUUUCACAGCCAAAAUUUUGAAGGUUUACCAAAAAGAGGCCCUGUAUGGUUAUGUCUGUGUGGUUCAAGUAGAGCCCUUCUGCUGUGUCGUGUUUGCUGAGGACCCAGACUCCUGGAUUGUGAAGGACAAUGUUGUCAAAAGACUGGCGGCUCAACAGUGGGUGGACAUGAUGCUGGGUAUUCAGCCAGAUCCUUCCAGUUUGCCCACCACUGAUCCUGGUGCUCACCCGAUCUCAUCAGCUUCGUCUGCACCAAGAAGGCCUGUGCAUCUCAGCAAAGUCCUGGAAUAUAAGGAGACUCUGCAGCGCCGUUUCUUUCCAGUGACAGAGGCAAACCUACAGUUUCAGCCAGAAUCCCUCUGUAAGAAGCUGUUCUCAGACCAUCAUGGACUGGAGGACUUACUGAAGGCACAGACGCAUCCUCGUUCCCACGGGACGGUGAUAGUUUCUAGAAGCUGGGCUGGUGAUAUUGGUUUAACGAAAGAGCGGAAGGUCCUGUGCGAUGCUCUCCUGGUCGCAGUCAACAGCCCGCUGGUACUCUACACAAUCUUAACAGACCCGAGUUGGAACGGAGGAUCUGACUAUGCGCACAACACCGCCCUUCAGUUAAAGCAGCAGCUACAAACCCUUGGCGGCUACCCAGGGAAGGUGUGCGUCAUUCCAAGGCAGAUAUGCCUGAGCAGCAGAGGGCUCAGACCUGAUCCAUCACUUGUGUGCUACCCCCGAUCCUACACACUGUCUAGUCAGACAGAAGUGGAAGAUGUGCUAAAAGCCCUUGUGGUGGUCCCACUGUGUUCCAGGUCCCUGCUGAGUCAUCAGCUGGGCUGUGAGUUUUUCAAACAUCGGAUAGAAGAGCAAUGCCACUCGCUUUCCCAGAGCCUCCGGGAAACCCCAGAGCUGUUCAUCCAUUGCUUUCCAGGAGCCAGGAAGACACCUCUAGCUAUAAAGAUGACAGAGAAAAUCAAGGAUGUGUUCCACUGCAAACCAAAGGAGAUCCUCUAUGUUUGUGAGAAUGACUCCCUCAGGGAGUUUGUGAACCGACAAGUUGCUUGCCAAGUUGUGACCCAGAGGACCUUCAUGACAGAAGAGUUCCCAAAGAUUAAACACAUAGUGGUGGAUGAGCCUGAGGAUUUCUGUAGGAGACACGGUGACUGGUACAAGAAGGCUAAGAGCAUCACCCAUCCAAGAGCGAAGGGGGCUUCAAGCGAAAGCCUUCACCAUGGGACCCUCUGGCUUUUUCUGGAUCCUUUCCAAACCCAUCCUGCAGCUGUUAGUGGCCUUCCUACUCCUUCUGCUCAGUUUCCUCGGAAAGUGAUCACUGAGAUCCACUGUGCUGUGGAAAUAGCAAACAUCAUAAAAGAAGAAAUGAAGAGGAUGCGAGAAAAUCCUCCUUCCAACGCAUCUCCAGACAUGCUGGCCAUGCUCCAGGAGGCUCCCUACGAGGAGGCGAUGUGUGCCCAGGUUCUGCCUGGUGUGUGUGAGAUCAAGGCUAACCUGACACUAGAAGAGAUGGCUGACUAUGUGGCAGAGAAAUGUCACAGCCUGUUCCACGAUGGCUAUCUGCCCACAGAUGUUGCAGUUCUGUACAGGAGAGAGGAAGACGGAAAACAGUAUAAGGCUGCAUUGCGCAGAGCGAUGGCCCACAGAGCAAUGGAGGUUGCAUUCUGCACCGCUGCUGACGUUUGUAGCGAUGGCAUUGUUUUAGACAGUGUUCAGCAGUUUUCAGGCAUGGUAAGGAAGAUUGUGUUUGGGCUUAGUCCCGAAGGCGCGCAGUCAGAGGGGGCCCAUAAGCUCUGCUUUGCCUCCAAAGCCGUUACACAUCUCUACUUGCUGUGCUAAAGGAGGACAGCGUCCUGGUGACUAUUGUAAUAAACACAGGAAGUCGAACAAGAGCAAUCUCUCCUCCCAGAUGGGAGAUGGGUGGCAGCUACUUCCUUUUUAAUAUUACAAGUGGAGAAAUGAAGGCACAUCGCUAUGGCCUGGAGUUGCAGCCUUUUUUUUUUUCUUUUGUGGAGGGCUGUGUCACUCUGCUUAGUGGUGGCUGUGCCCUUUGCUCAGUCUACUUCUCUUUCCUGGACAGUGACAAGAUAAGUAUGAUUCCCUGCCUCCAAUCUUCCUAAGUUAAUUCAGUUCUUACUCUGUCAUCCAAAGAUCCUAAAAUAGAAAACAAAUCUUAUGAAAUUCCCUGCUCUGGGGAGUUCCUGCAGCCUUUAAAUGGAACGAGUUUCCAAGGCUUUCUACGGUGCUGACCCCAUCCUGGAUCAUGCCUCCAUCUCCCAGCGUGUCUAUGCACUCCAGGCUUGUAGCCAUGUUGGGAGUGAUGGUCGGAUAUCCUUUAGACUUGGACUGAGUAUCUUGAAAGCAGCACCUAGACUAGCAUCUCAGACUGUCUCUGGGGCUCCAGCUUCACAGGUGCAAACUUGAUUCCCUUUCCUCACAAAGUGCAGAGUAGUCUCUUGGGGCUGACUCUGUUAACCAAGGUCACAGCAGACAAAAACGUGAGUGAAAGCGCCACUCCGUUCAUUUAGAGUGUACACUGUGAUAAUCAGUGGGCUAGGGGUGUUUGGCCAAUUUAUACAUUCAUCAAGAACAUAGGAAGAUAAGUGAUGUGAGCAGAGCCUUUCAGUAAGAACAGCUAAAGGGACAGCCUAGAUCUAGUGGCCAGCUGCUCGCUCUCUCUCUCUCUCUCUCUCUCUCUCCCUCCCUCCCUCCCUCUCUCCCUCUCCCUCUCUCUCUCUCCUCUUUUCUCCCUUAAUAUGACAGAUAAUGCAAUUAGUGUAAUAAAACAACAAAGAUAAAGAGUUGCUUGUGGUGUGAAGCUCCUAAAACAUUGUUAAAAGAGGGCAACAGAAUAUGAUCAUAUCAGCUUGAGAAAUGGAAAAAGAAAAAUAAAAAAACUC